UUUUUUGCCCGCGAAUGCCCUGUUGUCUUCCUACUGGACUUGGGUUUACUUUUUGCAAAAGUCUGGUCAUGCAUCUUACUAUAUUUCACUGAACGGUUGACUUCGAAGCCUUACGAUUCGCGCAGGUGUCAACACUUUUGCGCCUGUCCAAGAAUUCGUGUACGGAACCCACUAUUGCAGCAGAGGAAAAAGUGGACGGAUACUAAUUAAUGCUAGGCAAUAUAGGGAAUGCAUGUGCGGUAGUGGAUUAUAACAGUCGAAUUUACAUGUUGUGGAAAGGCCAAUCGAUUGCAGAGAAAGCCAGCCAGUGAGCACGUCAGCGAACUAAGAAGAACCCUUUGAUCUUACAUUUCCUACAUUUCCAAACUACUUUUCGGUUCCACCAACGUUCUACACAUCCAUCAUGCAACAUUACAACAAUUUCAACAAUGGAAUUGUCUCGCGCGUGUCCGACGACUCGCGUGGAGAUACUCGGAAGAAUUCAAGAAAUGCGGGGGGCACUAUGUCAUAACUCCGCUCCACUAGCCGCCACUUUGAGUGGACCUGUCUAUAAGUUACAAGUCGACCUUGAUCCACUGAAUAUGACGAUAGACUUUCCAGCUCUUCUUAACAACAUCUUGAUAAUCUCAGGGCCUCCAAAGCUUUAUUAUUCCGAAUAACAGUUCAAUGACGGAACCUAAAAGUACAGCAAGCCAGCGUUUGACACAGAUCAAAGAUUUCGUCACAAUGAACAAGACAGCAACCACUAUUCCUUGGGACCCAGACUGCACAAAGUUUCCCACCAGAAAGGAGCUACCCAAAAUACAAGGGGCACCUGAAGGUGCUGCGUGGGUUUGGGGUGACGAUGACUAUAUCGGCCGACUCAAUCUACUCACGCCUACACGAGUAGCAGCCGCUGCCAAAGAGAUUCAAUCAGGCGAAAUCAUUCCCCUCAACCUUCCGCUCAAUGUACCUACACAACCCGCUUUUGAUCGUCAGACUUUCACACACGAGAUCAAGACUUUGGCAGAGAACUACGUCUACGAUGAUAUUUACCACUUAAACACUCAAAGCGGAACACAAUGGGAUGGUUUUAGACAUUUUGCUCACCUGCCAAGCGGUUCAUUCUACAACGGCACAAAAGGCUCCGACAUCGUUGGCCCAAGCGCAAACAACAAAUGCUCCAUCCACCAUUGGGCAGAGCACGGCAUAGCCGGACGAGGCAUCCUCCUCGACUACCGCAGCUACGCGCAUAAGAAAGGAAUCGCCUACGACCCUUUCGACUACUACCCCAUUUCCUUUGAAGAACUGUAUCAGUGUGGUAAAGACCAAGGCAUCGACAUCCGACCCGCAGCUCAAGGCGGCGACAUCCGUAUUGGCGACAUGCUCUUCAUCAGGUCCGGCUGGAAAGAAGCCUACGAUAGCAAAACUCCCGAAGUGCGCGCGGAAGCUGCACUGCGUCAUGGCGAGGGUAUGGAGGGACAGAGAUGGGCGGGUGUAAGUCAGGAGGAGCGCAUGAUUGAUUGGUUGCAUGAUUGCUAUUUUGCGGCGGUUGCGGGGGAUUCACCGACGUUUGAGGCAUGGCCGACGCAUGAGGAGUAUCAUUUGCACGAGUAUAUUCUUGCGUUGUGGGGCAUGCCGUUGGGGGAGAUGUUGGAUUUGGAGAAGUUGGCGGUUAAGUGUAGGGAGAGGGGGAGGUGGGUGUUCUUUUUUAGUUCGGCGCCAGCGAAUUGUCCUGGCGGUGUGAGCUCUCACGUGAACGGAACUGCGAUUCUGUAG